CACGUGGCGUGUAUACGGUGUAUAACCAUUAACCAGUAUAACACUAACAGAACAGCCUAACAUAUAACACGGAAAUUUGUAAAUGUAGUCUACGAUAAGAGGAAGUCACAGGCUAUUUUGUAUCUUUCAAACAUGCAUUUUAACAAGGAAAAGUUAAUAGGUACAUUAAUUUAAAUGAAAGUAACUGGCAAUGUAAAAGGAUCAAUUGAUAAAAAUAGUUUUACUCGAGACAGUGAUGAUAUCGAUGAUAGUCAAGACAGUGAUGAUAGUGACGAUAGUUGGGAGAGUGAUGAUAGUAUGCAAGCAACCAUAGGCAGUGACGAUACUGUGCGCAAUAUCGAUGACUCCGAUUCAGAAAAUGAUAAUGCCGAAGGUUCUAAUUCAAAUAAUAAUCAGGUUUCCACUUAUGCCGGUGCAGACACAGAACCAGCUCUGUUAAAUGAAGAUGAAGAAGAAGAUGAAGUAGUAAAAGCAAUAAUUAGAUCAAAAGAUGCACAUACAAAUCAUCCUCCACCUAUUACAAUAGAGGAUCACGUAGUAGAUAUAUGUUUUCAUCCCAAUUCAGAUAUGAUUGCUGUGGCUAGUAUCGUAGGAGAUGUUUACUUGUACAAGUAUAGCAAUACAGAAACGGAACUUGUGUCUACUUUAGAAUUACACCUUAAAGCAUGUCGUGACAUAGAGUUUAAUGAAAGUGGUACAAUUUUAUUUUCGACUGCCAAAGAUUUGUCUAUAAUGCUCACAGAUGUAGAAACUGAGAAGUUAACAAGGUUAUAUGAAAAUGCACACGAGGAACCGAUAUACACAAUGACUGUAAUUGGAGCACACGUGUUUGCAACAGGCGAUGAUGAUGGUGUAGUAAAAUUAUGGGAUCUUAGACAAAGAGGAAAUGCACCUGCAUUUUCAUUAAAAAAAAUGGAAGAUUAUGUAAGUUCCAUUGUAACAAACAGAGAAGCAAAGUAUUUAGUAUGUGCUAGUGGAGAUGGAUCUCUUACUACAUUCAAUAUUCCAGGAAAAAAGAUGCAUGUACAGUCAGAAGAAUACGAAGAGGAAUUAACAUGUCUCGGUAUAUUUAAAAAUGAAACAAAGAUUUUGGCGGGUACGAGUAAAGGAAAAAUGUAUGUAUAUAAUUGGGGAGAAUUUGGUCUCCACUCGGAUGAGUUUCCAAAUGUAACUAAGAAAGGCAUAAAUUGUAUGGUUCCGAUUACCGACAAUGUUGUAAUAACAGGAGGAGAAGAUGGUAUACUUAGGGCUACUAGCUUGUUUCCUCAUCAUCAUCUUGGAGUAGCUGGACAACAUAACUUUUCCAUUGAAACUCUCGAUGUUAAUAGCGACGGUACAUUAAUUGCAUCUUCUUCGCACAAUAAUGAUAUCAAAUUUUGGAAUGUACAAUAUUUUGAAACAUUAAAUGUCGCCGAGCGUGUGAGAGGCGGAAAACAGAAACAAUUAAAGCAUAAUCUUCCAAGUAGUAAAAUUGAUGAUGCAUCGAACUUUUUUUCAGACCUUUAAUAUAGAAAUAAAACUAAUAAUUUAUGUGAAAUGUUGUAUAUUUAUUAUUAAAAUUAUAAUUUUAAAUGUAAUUAUA